ACGACUUGACAGUAUUUUGACUUAGUGUUGUACAACUUUGCAAAUAAACAUUUGGCGCUGCUAAUCAGCUGGUCUGUAAAGUAGCAUUGGCGGGGGUGUUAGCAGCAGCAGCAGCAGCAGCAUCGUGCCAGCAGAAACAUGGGAGUCACUGUCGCACCGCAGCAUGAGCGACGCUAAGCGGGACGACGACGCCGUGAAGGCCGAGCUGAAGCUGCCUAUCACCGGGGACAGGCAGGUGGACGAGGCGGUGCAGCGGUGGCUCAGCUGGGACAAGAAUAUUCACACUCGCGCUGAGCUGCUGGCUUUGGCGGUGUGUCCUAAUGUGGACGAGCUGAAGACCAGACUGAGCGGCAGGUUGACCUUUGGCACGGCCGGCCUCAGAGCACCUAUGGGAGCGGGCUUUAACCGCAUCAAUGAUCUCACCGUCAUCCAGGCCACACAGGGCUUGUGCGGUUACCUGCUCAGGUGUGUUCCGAACGCAGGCCGCAAAGGCGUGGUGGUGGGCUUCGACACCAGGGGGCGACGUGAGAGUGGCUGCAGCAGUGAAAGGCUGGCGGCGCUCACGGCCGCCGUGAUGCUUAGCAGAGACGUCUGCGUGCACCUCUUCUCCAGCUACGUCCCCACGCCGUACGUGCCGUUUGGCAUCAUUGAGCUGGGCGCGGCGGCCGGUGUGAUGAUCACGGCGUCUCACAACCCCAAAGAGGACAACGGCUACAAGGUUUACUGGUGUAAUGGAGCUCAGAUCGCCUCCCCUCAUGACAAAAAUGUACUAAAAAGCAUGGAGGACCAUCUGGAGCCCUGGAGCGCCUCCUGCUGGGAUACUGAGCUGGUCCACAGGAGCCCCCUGAGGAGCGACCCCCUGAGUCAUGUCAACAGCCGCUACCUAGACCAGCUCACCAGCCUCUGCUUCCACAAAGAGAUCAACAGCAGAAGUCCUCUCAAGUUCGUCCAUUCGUCCUUCCACGGUGUGGGACACGACUUUGUCCGUCAAGCCUUCCAGGUGUUCGGUUUCCCUCCCCCCAUUCCGGUCCCAGAACAGAAAGACCCAGACCCAGACUUCCCUUCUGUGCACUGUCCCAACCCUGAAGAGGGAGAGUCUGUCCUGGAACUCGCUCUUCUUCUGGCCGAGAAGGAAAACGCCCGCAUUGUCCUGGCGACGGAUCCAGACGCGGAUCGUUUGGCGGUGGCGGAGAUGUGUGACAGGUGUCGUUGGAAAGUGUUCUCUGGGAAUGAGCUGGCGGCGCUGCUGGGCUGGUGGAUGCUGUUGACGUGGAAGGAGACGCACGGCAACCCAGCUGACAUCCAGCACGUAUACAUGCUCGCCACUACAGUGUCCUCAAAGAUCCUGCAGGCACUGGCCUACGUGGAAGGCUUCCACUUUGAGGAAACACUUCCUGGCUUCAAAUGGAUCGGAAACCGUAUCCGUGAGCUCACCGGAAGCGGGAAGACGGUGUUGUUUGCCUUUGAGGAGUCCAUAGGCUUCCUGUGCGGCGGUCUGCUUCCCGACAAGGAUGGCGUGAGCACGGCUGCCGUGGUGGCUGAGAUGGCCGCUUAUCUCCACCAUAGGAAGCUGAGUCUCCAGCAGCAGCUGCACAACAUCUACCAGACGUACGGCCAUCACAUGUCCACAAGCUCUUACGUCAUCUGUAACGAUGCCGACACUGUCCACAAGAUCUUCACUCGGAUCAGAGACUUUGGCGGCCGAGGUUCGUACCCCGACAUGUGCGGCGGCGUGCGGAUCGUCCACGUCAGAGACGUCACCACGGGAUAUGACAGCAGCCAGCCGGACCUUCGCUCGGUUCUCCCUGUGAGCAGGAGCAGUCACAUGAUCACCUUCACGUUGGACAACGGCAUCGUGGCCACGCUUAGGACGAGCGGCACAGAACCUAAAAUCAAAUACUACAGUGAGCUGUGUGCUCCGCCCGGAACCAGUGACCUGUGUUGUCUGGAGGCGGAGCUUAAGAAGGUGACAGACGCUUUGGUGGAAGAGUUUCUCGAGCCAGAAAGAAACAAGCUGGUUCGCCGCAUGGUGUGACGCCACAUUCUGCUGUGGGUAUAUUUAUUUUUGUCGCUGCAAGUGAAGCACCACCAAUGUUUACAUGAACACAACAUUUCCAAAAAAAUAAACGAGGCAAAGUUCAACUUGUCUGCGGCG